GAUUCUCAUGCUUUCACUGUCACACAAAGGAAACAUCCGGCCCGUUUGUCUAGUGUUUUGGGCUUUGACCGACAACGGGUCACCAUCCCUACAAGACGUGGACUUAUAGUCUCUAAAACAAGUCGAGAUUUGGAGGAAUUGUGCUGCUUUUUUUUCCCCCCCUGCGACCUUCUCUGGCCCACCGGCACUCAUGUACAGCAGCGGUUACUCCCAGGUGUCCAAGUCCAGCCCGCAGGCUCAAAAGAAGAUGCGGUACCGGACAAAGGGCAAGAGCUGUGGCUACUACCUGAGGAUCAUCUUCUUUUUCUCCUCGCUUAUUCAGUCGCUCAUCAUCGUCAGCCUGGUGCUGUUUUUGGUCUACGGCAAGAAGCAGGACUCGCCGUCCGCCGCGCGCAUCCAGGACCUGGAGGAGAGCUUCAGCCGACUCUCCAUCGAGAACGUGGCGCUCAGGCACCUGAGGCGCAACCUGACGAACCUGCUUAACGUCACCCUGACUGAGAAGACCCGCAUUGAGAUGGACCUGGGUGUGGUCCGACGUAUUUCCAACAUCUCUUUCGGUUUGAUUCAAGACUUGAACAGACAGCAGCAACAGACAAAUACGGAACUGUUCAUGUGCAAGAGCCAGACGCGUAUGUCUCAACCAUCCCAACCAAUGCUGACGCGAAUGCCUCAGUCUGUCGGCUGUAACUGUGGGCAGCGGGACGAGGAGCUGAGAGCCAAACUCCAACUUGUGGAGUCCAACUUCACACAAACUACAGAAAGGAUGAGGAUGGAUCUGGAGCAAAUUGCUAAAGAUCGCGACAACCUUAACCUCGAGGUCAUACGCCUAAGAAGGGACAAAUCCGUUCAUGAAAAGGAGAUUGAGUUCUCCAGACAAAGAUGCAAAGAAGAAUUUGUCCAGUCCUUGAGUGGCGUCUCCAAUGUCUCCAGGGCCUUCCUGCAAAAGAUCGAGUCUCUCUUUCCCUCCCACAUCGCCUUCCAGCUCACCUGUCUGAAACAGCGAGAGCACCUGGAGCAGAUCCGCUCCAACUGCACAAGUCUGUCCAGAGAGGUGGAGGACCGCUUCCAGAACUACUUAAACAUCGUAGGCGAUCAGGUGUCGGAAAUCCAGACCGAGAACAGCCACUUGAAAGCAGAGAACAUGCGCCUGUUCGACGACUUCCGCUCGUGCAGCCUGAACCGCACGGGUCUGAUCCAAGAGCACAGACAAAACAGAGAGAAACUUCAGCUGAAACAUGACCGGGACUCUGAGAUGCUUCUCUUGGAGAAAAGGAGGCUCCAUGGAGACAUUGAAGUUCUGGAGAACAACGUCAACUAUAAGAAUAAAGAAGUUCAACACCUCACAGAGCAACUUAAGCAAAUCAACUUGUCCUGCAUGCCUAAGACUGGACCAGGAGUUACAGGAGACUUUUCCAAUUUGGGGAUCGGUUCACGUUUCCCCUCACCAGGAUUAGGAUUAAACAAACCAGGCUUGGGCUCAACAGGCUCAGGAUUCGACAUAUUAGGAUCUACUAGACAGGGCUCCUCCAGUUUUAGCUCAACAGGGUUAGGAUUAAACAAACUAGGAUCAAAUGGACAGGGCUCCUCCAGUUUUAGCUCAACAGGGUCAGGAUUAAACAAACUAGGAUCAAAUGGACAGGGCUCCUCCAGUUUUAGCUCAACAGGGUCAGGAUUAAACAAAUUAGCAUUACCUGGACAGGGCUCCUCCAGUUUUAGCUCAACAGGAUCAGGAUUAAACAAAUUAGGAUUACCUGGACAGGGCUCCUCCAGUCUUAGCUCAACAGGGUCAGGAUUAAACAAAUUAGCAUUACCUGGACAGGGUUCCUCCAGUUUUAGCUCAACAGGGUCAGGAUUAAACAAAUUAGGAUUACCUGGACAGGGCUCCUCCAGUUUUAGCUCAACAGGGUCAGGAUUAAACAAACUAGGAUCAAAUGGACAGGGCUCCUCCAGUUUUAGCUCAACAGGGUCAGGAUUAAACAAACUAGGAUCAAAUGGACAGGGCUCCUCCAGUCUUAGCUCAACAGGGUCAGGAUUAAACAAAUUAGGAUUACCUGGACAGGGCUCCUCCAGUCUUAGCUCAACAGGGUCAGGGUUAAACAAACUAGGAUUAAAUGGACAGGGCUCAACUGGGUCAGUAUUAAACAAAUUAGGAUUACCUGGACAGGGCUCCUCCAGUCCUGGCUCAACUGGGUCAGGAUUGGGUAAACAAGGAUCAACUGGGUUGGGCUCUUCCGGUCUUGGUUUAACUCGGCCAGGAUUAAAUAGCCAAGGUUCAACUGGGUUAGGAUCUUCAAGUCGCGGAUCAACUGGGUCAGGAUUGACUGGGUUGGGUACCUCAAGUCUUGGCUCAGCUGGGUCAAAUCCAAGUUUUGGUUCAAGCGGUACCAGCGCAAAUAAACCAACAUCAAAUCUGAACACCUCAUUGGGCCUUGGAUCAACAAGUAAAAGUGGGUCAUCUAACUCUGGGUUUCCCUGGUUUGGGUCAAGUAACACAGGCCAAAAUAAGCCUGGAAGUGGAAUCGGAAGAGGAACAUCAAGUGGAUCUUCGCUUGGAACCGGAAGGACCAGUAGUCUUGGAGGCGGAUCAGUCAACAUCGCCCAGCACCUCCAAGACUUGCAACGCAUCAUCAACCCCUCCUACUCCUCCGAAGAGAAGCAAGAUCUUUCCAGAAUGUUGGGUUAGUGCUCUGUCGUGAGGAGGAAAAGCUAAGGCGCAGCUCCUCAUCCUGUGUUGUUAGAAACAUACUUCAUAUCAUACUCUCUUCAAGGCGAGUAUGCACAUUCCAAACGACUAUACCAACUCGAGCACUUCUUCAUAUAACGUGUAUGUAUCUUUAAUAGUCAGUAUUUUUGACUUUUGUAAAUACAAAGAAGGCUUUGUCCCGUUUUAUUAAACAAAUCUACGUGAGAUAUUACUACAUUCCGACCCGGAAACUACUGUUUGUCCCCCCGUGUGCGUCACCUAUUGUGUUGCUAAUGAUCUACAAACGGUCCACUGGCGCCGUGUUUUAAUUUGUCCCCUGUGUUUAUGUUUACCUGCCAACCUGUCAGAGGCACCGCCGCUAACAUGCAUGGAAACAAUACCCUGCACUUGACUGGGAGAAGAACAUGGGACAUCCAGUCUUUAAACAAACUCCAAAUAUAUCUUUCCCCAGCAAAUACCCACAGGGGCAGAUCUCUUUGUAUCUGAUGAGUGUCAUGACCUUUCACAAUAAAACAUUGUAUGGAAACGACCUGACUUCCCCCC